GGCGGGCUGCAGGGUGGGAGCCGGCGAUGCGCUCCCGGUCCCUCCCAUCAGCAGAGAGCACUGUUCAGUCGCUGUUCGCCUUGGCUGGGGCCAUUUCUCUGGACACAAAGCCCUGGCAAGUUCCUGUUGUGCUUCUGAGUGCCGCGUCCUGCUGGUUCGUGUGGUUCAGUACCCACCUCUUGGGUGAUGCACAGCCUGCUGUAAGCAGAUAGACCCCGCUUAAAUGCUGGGAGCCCCUUCCCGUCGGUGGCACUGCCUGAGCUGCACCUACAGCUGCUGGAGAGGCAGCGCCCAGCCCACCUGCGGGGCUGUCUCUAUUCUCUAUUCCCUGUGUGCUGGCCAGAGCUGUGCUGCGUGACAGGGCUCUGUGAGGUGUGCAGGGCUUCAAGGGCUGCUUGCUGUUGGCAGGCAGGUUUGCAAACCCCAGGUAGCUGAGCAAAGCUCUGAAUCCCCAGGAUCCUAUCUCUGCUGUCCCUCUUAGGAGGAGUGACCUCUCAUACCUGGGGUUCAGCUGGGUCUGCCCAUUCUUGAUGCUGAAUCUGGAAACUUCACAAGCUCUCUGUUCCUUCUCCAGAACUGUCACUGAGCACAAUCCAGCAAGCAUCUCCUCUCCAAAACGCUUGUCUCUGCCUGGGACUGCCCCAGCUGAACUGAGAGUGGUGCCUGGCCUGAGCCUGCUCAGUGCAGGACCUCUGGGGUUCUGCUGGAGUGCCAUGAUGGAGGCAGCCAGUUCCUGCCACACUCCUCUUCCCGCCACUCACUCACAUUUCACAGGGCUGUGACCCCCAUGGGCUCACAUCUCCCUGAGCCCUGCAGUGGGGUGGGCAGCAACCCGAACCUGGCAGCUGGGGUUUCAGAGCCUGGGCAGGGCAGCUAUGCUCCUGGGGUCACGUUCUCGUCUGUGCUGUGCCCUAGCAGAGCUGUCCCCAGGGCAGACAGGCGCCUCUCUGCAAGCUGAGAGGAUGCAAGGGCUCUGGGGAAGCCGAGCUGCUCUCCCUGCCCAGCAGUUCUCUGUGCCUCUCCCCGCCAGCUCUUGUCCUGCUGUGCCGGAGGCUGCUGCCAUGACCCUCACCAAAGGCUCCUUCACCUACUCCAACGGGGAGGAGUACCGCGGCGAGUGGAAAGAAGGUCGCAGGCACGGCAUCGGACAGCUGACAUUUGCUGAUGGCACUGCUUACGUGGGACACUUCGAGAAUGGACUCUUCCACGGCUGCGGCGUGCUCACCUUCUCCGAUGGCUCCAGGUACGAAGGGGAGUUUGUGCAAGGCAAGUUCAAUGGCGUGGGAGUCUUCACUCGCUGUGACAACAUGACCUUCGAGGGCGAGUUCAAAGGCGGGCGUGUAUAUGGCUUCGGUCUCCUGACCUUCCCUGAUGGCUCCCACGGCGUGCCCCGCAACGAGGGCUUCUUUGAGAACAACAAGCUGCUGCGGCGGGAGAAAUGCACUGCCAUUAUCCAGAGGGCCCAGGGUGCCUCCAAGUCUGCCCACAGCCUGACAGCGUGAUGGUGCCCCACGUCCCCUCCCACCAGAGCAGGGACCCCCCUACUUAGGCACUGGCUGGCCCUGCUGGCCCUGGAGAAGGGAAGUGGUGCUGCUGGGUGCCUCCCUGCCCUUCUUCCCCUCCAAGCGUCCUCCUGCCAAACCCCUGCCGCUGGAGGGGAUGGGACCUCCGCUCUCCACCCAAGUGCCCUGGGGCAGCCGUGGUGCCUUCUCUUUCUGGCUGAAGCCCUGGCACCUGCUGGUGCAGCAGAAGGACAGGGUGACAGGGGCUUGGCCUGUCUUCCCCCCAGGAAGACUGUGGACCACUACAGCUGCUAGCCAGCUGCAGAGGAUGGAGCAGAGGGGCAGAUACUGGUCCCUGACCCCACUGCCAGGGUGCCUUGGCUGGAAGCUCCUGACUGAAUCAUGUGCCCCAGAGGGGCAGCUCCUGGCUCACUUUGCUGCCCUGGUCCUGGAGGCAGGGUGGGCACCCCGAGCAUACCAUGGCCUGCACCCUCAGCUCUGGGUGACUGACCAUCUCCCUGCAUGCCCAGGGUAUGGUGACAUUGUGUCCCCAAAGAGCCCAGCCUGCUCUCAGGGCCAACCAAUGGGCUGUGUUCCCCUCAUCCCUGUGCCAAUCCACCCAUUCACCCACGGCCUUGGGGACAUCAGCAGCAGCAUGCCCACUAAGAGGGACUGAGGAGUACCCAGCCUGGCACAUGUCUGCUGCAUGCUGGUGGAGGAUGGCGGCAAUGGUGAGCAAGGAGAAGGGUCAGAUGGAGCCUAGAAUGAGGGACAUGAGCAGGGCUGUGUGGUAGCCAGGGCUGGAGCAGGAGGCCUGGGCAGGGUGGGAGGGGAUAGAGGUAUGGCAAAGGGGCAGGCAGGGGGCACAUAGUUCCCCAUUUUUGCCCCCCACAUGCGUUCUUCAUCGCCCCAUUGCAUGUUCAUCUUCACCCCCGGUGUGGUCUGGCUGGCUGUGGCACAGGGGUCCCAGCAGCCCUCACUGCCCACUGUUGCAGGGGCUGUGCCCUCCCUGUCAGUCUCUGCCUGCACUGGGUCCCGUGCCUUGCUAUGACCCUGCCUUGUGCUGCUGCCUGCACGGGCCUCAGCUGAGUAAACCAUGUUGCCAAA